AUGCCGCCGAACAAUAAGAAAAAGAAAAAGCCGGCCUCUAAUCCGGCGCGGGGCUUUGCAACAGUCUCGGUGCCCUCGAAACCAAAGCCAGAGGUUGUAGAUACACCUUCGGCCACCGCUACAGAGUCUAAACCUACCCCACAAAACGAAUCACAGCCAGCAAGCCAGCAAGACCGCCCAGUCGAUGCGGGCGCACCACAAACCGACCCCUCAUUACAAAACUAUACACCGGAGGAGCUCGAGAAGCACCUAGAGGAAGCAGAGCUGCAGAUUCUUGUCGAGAAGAAUGCGGCUAAGUGCAGGAGCGACGCGGCGCGCCAAGCCACCAAGAUGGAUACUGAACGCCGCGUCUUUAGACAACAAUCAGUAACCUUGGGCCUUCUCGAAUGGCUUCCGGCCGAGGUGCAAGAUAGGAUUCUGGAGCUAGCUGGCUCAGAGGAUCAUGAUUAUCUGGCAUCCAAUGGACGAAAUGUCAAUGGAAAACAGGAGGGCUCAGAGGAGGAACUUCUCAUAAAGCUCUGGACAUUGCAGGAGACGCUUUUGAAGCUUGGUUUCACCGAGGAUGGGGUGGAAGGAGCACUCAAGCAUAUUCUUCUAUACUUUAAAGAAGCACCCACGAGUGCCAGUCGAGAUGUCGUAUGGAACUUGGAUGAGGCACUCGAAUGGUUGGCGAAACACAGUGCCAAGAAAGAUCUUCCUUCAUAUACACAGACGAAUUCUCGCCCCCAGAAAGACGCGGAGGUAACAUCAUGGAUGAUUGAAUCGGAGCCAUCGAGGUCUUCUACUCCAAACAAGCCUUCCAAUGGACACAAACAGGAAAAGCCAAAAGCAGAAUGGAAGGCUGCAAAGAUUGCACCUCUUAUUUCAUAUGACUCGGAUAGCUCGAUCGAUCCUGAUUCCAUGGUUGAAGAGUGGUUGGAUUUCCAAACGAAGCUCUACGGUCUUCGGCCAGAAUUGUUUGAUCGUCCAGCGAAGGGCAAAAAAGGCCGUGGAGCCGCGCCCAACCAGUCAGACGAUCCUGAGGUGGCCAAGUUACAGCGCAAGAUUGCUAAAAUCGAACGUGAUGUUCUCUUUGAGCGCCGAGAAGCUGAAUACAUUUGGCAAGACAAGUUGGACGAUCUUAGGAAGGACGCAGCCUUUCUGCGACGACCAACUGAGAAAAAGAAAGAGAUCAAUACUGAGAGUUCAGAACCCGAACCGGAGCCUGAAGAUCCCAAUCUGACUGUUCCGUCACUUGAAGAGAUGGACGAGGCGGAUGGUCUACUGGGUGGUAUGUUCCAGAAUGAGGCGGAAAGUUCGGGCUCGAUAUUAGGUCUACCAGUGCCUGAAGUUGACACCAAAAUUACACUUCGAGACUUUGGAAAAUCAAGUGGCUUGAGUCCACGACGAGUCUUGGAAGAAACCUGCAAGGCUAGAGAUUCGUCGUGCAAGGUAGUCUACCAAGACUUUUCCUCUUCUAGUCAUCACAACAGAAAGGCCGUUGAGGUGCGUUGGUCAAAACCACAAGAACCUCCAUUCCCAUUGGCGGUGGAGUCGGUCACGCACAAGUCGAAUGCAAAUGCAACUUUUGUUUCGAUGGACUCUCUUGCAACGCCUGAUUCCCAGCAAGCAGAGGGAUACGUAUCGACCCUUGCACUAUUCAUCCUUUUCCCACAAAGUUCCAAAGAAGGCAAGGCCUAUCUGCGGAUACCUGCAGUCUGGAGGGAUCUGUGGACUGAGUUUUCAAAUCUGAAGAAGACACAGGAAGAUGAAGUAGACAAAUCCACUGUCAAGAAUCUGAAGCUCCUUGUGCAGGAAAAUCAAGGCACAUUUGAAGAUGACGUUGUACUCUUGGACAAUUUCCGGAAAAGAAAUGGAAACGGUGUCAAGUCGGCUAGCCCCAUGAGAGGCAAUGCUAGGGAGAACAACUAUCUUGGUGAAGACGAACGACUCAGAGAGGCAUGGCACGCGAAGGCAUCCGCUCCAUCCUUCCACAAGAUGAUGCCGGGCCGAAUGAACCUUCCAAUCUGGAACUUCAAAGACGAUAUUUUGACCACCCUGGACACACAUCGAGUUGUCAUUAUCUGCAGUGAAACUGGAAGUGGAAAGAGUACGCAAAUUCCAUCUUAUAUCCUUGAGCAUGAAAUGCUUCAAGGCCGGCCCUGUAAAGUCUAUGUGACGGAACCCCGCCGGAUUUCAGCCAUCUCGCUUGCUCGUCGAGUCAGUGAAGAACUUGGAGAGAGCAAGAAUGAUGUGGGGACGACCCGAUCUCUUGUCGGUUUUGCCGUUAGGCUGGAGAGCAAAAUCAGCUCGUCCACUCGACUUGUCUAUGCAACCACCGGUGUUGUUGUGCGCAUGCUGGAGCGACCGGAUGACUUUCAGGACAUUACCCAUGUUGUUCUGGACGAGGUCCACGAACGUACAAUUGAUAGUGACUUCUUGCUGGUUGUCCUUCGCAGGUUGAUGCAGAAGCGCCUUGAUCUCAAACUUAUUCUGAUGUCCGCUACUCUCGAAGCACAACGUUUCUCUACUUACCUUGGAGGUGUACCGGUUCUCAACAUCCCUGGACGAACUUUCCCCGUGGAAAUGAAGUAUCUGGAGGAUGCAGUUGAGUUGACCAACUAUCGGUUAUCUGAAGAUGAGGCGAACAUGGUCCCAGACGAUGACAUCGAGGAAGCCGAGGAUUCCAACAGUGAUACUGGAGGUCUACAAUCCAGUCUUGAUGGAUACUCAAAACAAACACGGGAAACCGUGCUCAAGUUUGAUGAGUACCGGAUGGAUUAUCAGUUGAUUAAAAGACUGCUUCUCAAAAUCGCCACUGCCCCGGAGAUGGACCGCUAUAGUAAAGCAAUUCUAGUCUUCAUGCCUGGUCUGGCAGAGAUUCGUCGUCUAAAUGACGAGCUUCUCGCCGAGUCCACUUUCCAAAAGGGAUGGAUUGUUCAUGCACUCCACUCCUCAAUUGCCAGUGAAGAUCAAGAAAAGGCCUUUAAUGUGCCUCCUCCAGGCGUGAGGAAGAUUGUCAUUGCCACCAACAUCGCAGAGACUGGUAUCACAAUUCCAGAUAUCACUGCAGUUGUUGAUACAGGAAAGGAGAAGAUGAUGCGAUUUGACGAAAGGAGACAGCUUUCUCGGCUUGUCGAGUCGUUUAUUUCCCGUGCCAAUGCCAAGCAGAGACGUGGUCGAGCUGGUCGUGUUCAGGAGGGUAUUUGCUUCCACCUCUUUACCAAACACCGGCACGACAAACAGCUGGCUGGACAACAGACUCCGGAGAUGCUCCGACUUUCUCUGCAAGACUUGGUUCUACGAGUCAAAAUCUGUAAAUUGGGCGAGGUAGAGCAGACCCUACUGGAGGCUCUAGACCCACCCUCGUCCAAGAAUAUCCGACGUGCUAUUGACUCUCUCAAGGAAGUGAAAGCCCUCACCAGCAACGAGGCCCUUACACCUUUGGGAAGCCAGCUGGCGAAAUUGCCGUUGGAUGUAUUCCUUGGAAAACUGAUUAUUCAUGGAGCAUUCUUCAAGUGUCUGGAUGCUGCUGUCAGCAUUGCUGCCAUUCUCUCCUCCAAGUCCCCAUUUGUUAACACUAUGGGGUCAAACUCGCAGCGUGAUGCAGCACGAAACUCGUUCCAAAGAGGCGACUCGGAUUUGUUGACCGUAUACAACGCCUAUUGUGGCUGGAAGCGUGCACGAGGCACACCUGGCUCAAAUGAGUUUUCAUACUGCCGGAAGAACUUCCUCAACCCACAGACACUCCUCGGUAUCGAGGAUAUCAAGAUGCAGCUUGUUGUCUCAAUUGCUGAUGCCGGUUUACUGACGCUGGACUCUUCGCAGAAGUCAGCGCUGAACAGAGCUCGAUCAAGUAAUCGAAACCGUCAAUUCUUCACUAUUCCUGAAGAAAAUGACAUCAACAGUACAAACGACGUCGUUAUCAACUCCGUCGUCGCCUGGAGUUUCUACCCCAAGCUCAUCACUCGUGAAGGUAAAGGAUGGCGCAACGUUUUGAACAACCAAACCGUGACCUUGCAUCCUACCUCUGUGAAUAAGCGCGCCGAUCCUGCUAUCAAGUGGCUUUCAUAUUACCACAUUAUGCAGGCUCGCAAUCGAAAUUUGAAUGCCCACGAGACUAGUGCUGUGGAAGAUUUCGCGAUUGCCCUGCUAUGUGGUGAGGCCGAGUUCAAGUUAUACUCUGGUGUUAUCUCCAUCGAUGCAAACAGAGUUCGAUUUGCUGUUCGCGACUGGAAAUCUAUGCUCGCGCUUAAAUACCUUAAUGCGCGUCUGAGGGACCUUCUUGCUACUACUUUUAAGAACCCGCAUCGUCCGCUUUCUUAUAAACAGCAGCAGUGGUUAGAGAUCUGGCAACAGAUUUUUGCACAGGCUGGGAAACGCUAG